UGGGGAGCGGUUUUCUUGCGCCUCCGAAGUCGGAGAGACCGGGAGUGGUUUCCGGUUUCCUUGAGUGGUUUUCAGUGUUGAAAACCACUCGUCGCCCGUUUCCAUAAAAGAUGAGUCGCUCAGAAGUCCAGAACGAGGAUUCGCAGACCUGAAAAAGAGAGAGAGAGAGAGAGAGAGAGGGAAAGAGAGUAAAUAGGAGGAAGAAGAUCGAGAAGAGUGGACUCAAGGAAAGGACGAUCAAGUUUGAUCUCUGGUUGUCACUUCCAGCGGAUCACGUAACACGUCCUGCGUGAGGUGGUGAUUGCUUUCUGUUUUUUCCCAGCAGGAGAGGAUUUGAAGUUUUAGGGCUUCUGACAUGGGAAGGGGGAAGAUCGUGAUCAGGAGGAUCGACAAUUCGACGAGUCGACAGGUGACGUUCUCGAAGCGGAGGAGUGGACUUCUAAAGAAAGCAAAGGAGCUAGCAAUUCUUUGUGAUGCCGAUGUAGGCUUGAUCAUCUUCUCCAGCACCGGAAAGCUCUACGAUUUUGCUAGCUCGAGCAUGAAAGGAAUUAUUGACCGUUACAGUAAAUCAAAAGCAGAAAAUCAUCAAGAUUUGACUACUACAGCAGAAGCCAUGUUAUGGCAGAGAGAAGCAGCAAGCUUGACGCAGCAACUGAGGAAUCUGCAAGAAAAGCAAAGGCAACUAAAGGGAGAAGAAUUAUCAGGCCUCAAUGUCAAAGAUCUACAAGAUUUAGAAAACCAACUAGAAGUGAGCCUGCGAGAAGUUAGGAGGAGGAAGGACCAACUGCUAACUGAUGAAAUUGAAGAGCUAAACCGCAAGGGACAGCUCAUGCACCAGGAGAACAUGGAGCUGUACAAGAAGGUCUAUGGACAAAGGUCAGCAGAUGAGACACGGCGGAGUGCCUUGAACAGUGGCUUUAACUUUGGUGAUGAUCUGCACCUGCCCAUCCAACUUCAGCUAAGCCAACCUCAACCACAACAAUAUGAAGCUUCAUCCAAGGUUACAACACUAAGGUAA